UUGGAAUUUUAAGAAUUCGUCAAUCGUCGUGAAAUUAUAAUUAGAAGGACCUGAAUUUCUAUUUCUUUAUCAGAUUUGAAAAAAAAUCCGGUUUCAGUACCAGUUCAAUGGAGGAUCAAUCGAGAUUUUCUUACGUAAAGAAGCAAAAGGCAUCGUUUAAUAAUCAAAGGCCGGAAUCAUUCGCCGGCGAUUAUGACUUCGGAGAGAGUACUGAUCGGCGAUUCGCAUACUCCCGGCAAGCCUCAUUCCGUCAGUCAACCUCCACUGCUGAGCCUCAUACUCCAAUAUCGAUAAAUCCGUCAAACGGUUAUUUUUUGCACAACUCUGCUGAGGAUAAACUGUCGUCGAAGGAUUUGGAUGAAAAGUUCUCCUUCAUUUCGUUAAUUUUUGGAGGUUUGAGGUCGGGAAACAAGCAAAUGAGAAGACUUUUUGUCUUGAUUUCACUCAAUGUCGCGUAUUCUACGGUUGAGUUGUGCAUUGGCCUCUUCACUGGCCGAGUGGGUCUGGUGUCUGAUGCAUUUCAUUUGACAUUUGGCUGUGGGCUCUUGACUUUUUCGUUGUUUGCAAUGGCUGCUUCUCGACAACAGCCUGAUUCUAUAUACACCUAUGGGUACAAAAGGCUGGAGGUUUUGUCUGCAUUUACCAAUGCUUUGUUUCUUUUGUUCAUGUCAUUCUCCAUAGCUGUGGAAGCACUUCAUGCAUUCAUACAAGAUGAGUCUGAGCACAAGCAUUACCUGAUCGUCUCAGCUAUCACAAAUUUAAUGGUAAAUCUCAUUGGUGUUUGGUUCUUCAGAAGCUAUGCUCGAAUUAAUCUGGUUUACAGGAAAGCUGAAGAUAUGAACUACCACUCAGUUUGCCUACAUGUUCUUGCUGAUUCUAUUCGCAGUGCAGGUUUAAUCCUAGCGUCCUGGUUGCUGAGCCUCGGGGUUAAAAAUGCCGAAGUCUUGUGUUUGGGUCUAGUUUCAGUCACAGUUUUUAUGCUUGUCAUGCCGCUCUUUAAAACCACUGGUGGCAUCUUGCUCCAGAUGGCACCACCAAGCAUCUCUUCUUCAGCCUUGAGCAAAUGUUGGAGACAGGUUAAUUCCCGUGAAGACAUUUCAGAAGUUUCUCAAGCUCGUUUCUGGGAGUUGGUGCCAGGUCACGUCAUUGGAUCCAUUUCAUUACAGGUGAAGAAGGGAAUGGAUGAUCACCCGAUACUCCAAUACGUCCAUGGUUUGUACCAUGAUCUUGGAGUGAAGGAUUUGACUGUUGAAACUGAUCAUGCCUAAGCUUCAUUUUGUUAUCUUGUCGUGAGGAAGUGUAGUCUAUUGUCAGGUGUCCCGAAUCUAAAGAAUGGCAAGUAGAAAGGAACAGACAUAUACUUCCAGAUAAAUGGAAUAUGGCUCAGAUUUUGUUAUUUUUUGGUGUUAUAUUUAUAAUUCUAAAUAGAAUUUUUCUUCUACCUACGUUCUGAAUAGGAUUAAGGAAGUGUCAUUUGUUUAGUAUAUUUAUGCAUCAGCAGUAGUUCAGAUUAUCAGAUAUGUCACGUGUAUCCAUGACAUUAAUGUUUAAGACUGCUCUAGUAAAUCA